AUGAUGAUGAUAGGAAGAAGAGUCUCAACAACCUCAUCACUCUCCGCCACAGCUUUCGGAUCAUUUAUGAAAUGGUCCUUCAAAUCUUCUCAUUUUCACGGUGACUCCCUCGAUUCCUCUGUCUCUCCCCUUCUCGUCCCCGGCGUCCACGUCUUCCAUUGUCCGGAUGUGGUUGGGAUUGUAGCGAGACUAUCAGAUUGUAUUGCUGCAAAAGGAGGCAACAUUCUUGGUUACGAUGUGUUUGUUCCUGAGAACAAGAACGUCUUCUACUCUAGAAGCGAGUUUAUAUUUGAUCCUGUUAAAUGGCCGAGGAGUCAGAUGGAUGAAGAUUUUCAAACUAUUGCUAAAAAAUUCAGUGCUAUGAGCUCAGUUGUAAGAGUUCCCUCUUUAGACCCCAAGUACAAGAUUGCUCUUCUACUCUCAAAACAGGACCAUUGUCUGGUUGAAAUGUUACAUAAAUGGCAGGAUGGGAAGCUUCCUGUUGAUAUAACAUGUGUGAUAAGUAAUCAUGAAAGAGCUCCAAACACACAUAUUAUGCGCUUUCUCCAAAGGCAUGGCAUCUCAUAUCAUUAUCUGCCAACAACUGAUCAGAACAAGAUAGAGGAGGAGAUUCUGGAGUUAGUCAAGGAUACUGAUUUUAUAGUUCUCGCUAGAUACAUGCAAGUGUUAUCUGCUAACUUCUUGAAAGGUUAUGGAAAAGAUGUUAUCAACAUACACCAUGGACUCUUACCAUCAUUCAAAGGGAGAAGCCCUGCAAAACAGGCCUUUGAUGCAGGUGUGAAACUAAUUGGUGCAACAACUCACUUUGUUACAGAGGAACUUGAUUCAGGUCCUAUCAUUGAACAAAUGGUUGAGAGAGUUUCCCACAGAGACAAUUUGACGAGCUUUGUCCAAAAAUCAGAAGACCUCGAGAAGAAGUGUCUAUUGAAAGCUUUAAAAUCUUACUGCGAGCUGCGAGUAUUGCCUUACGGAACACACAAGACUGUAGUAUUCUGA